CUUACUUACACAUCCACACACAGACCACAGGAAGACAUUCGUCACACUUCCUGUCUCGCGGCUGCUGCUGCUGCCGAGGAAGAUGGUGAGCUCUGUCUCGCAGACGCACCAUAGCUAGACACACCUUCCUGCACACACACACACACACACACACAUACACAUACACAGACCCACACAUGGCCAGGGCAUGUCCACUUUGCACUGUCGUACCUACCACGCUUUGUCUGAUGCCUGUCGACACAUGGCUGGGGAGGAUUUCAAAGUCAAAAGGCCCAAUCGCGAGAGACAGCAGCUGAACGAUGCAUCAAAAGGGAAUGAGACACACACGCGGUUGUGCGCACAUGACAUGUAUACCUUGAUAUGUGUGACGACAAAGGGCGUGAAGCACAGCAGAAGCCACACCAGCCCACACAGCUGACACACGAGUCGACACCAGCAGUGCUGUGUGCUGUGUGCCAGGGUACGUGUCCAUUCUCUGUCUUACGGCAUGCUCCACACUGAUAAUAAUCCCAAAGGUAUAUUUCCAUGUCAGCUUCCACACUUUGCUAAGGGCCAGACCGGCCGGGUCCUCGUCACGCCACACAAUGCGAUACCCUGCACGCACGCACUCACAAACAGACAGAAGACCAUGCAUGGAUGGUCUGCAAACAAACAAAGGAGACACGCGUUUGUCACACACAUGCACUGACUGACCGAAUGGCAGGAUGGACAGUGCGGCCAUCUUGAACAAUCUGAGUGCAUACUGUGAGACACCGCACGAGACACAAAGUCUAUGAACACCCCCCACCAGCCCCCAGACUCCCCCGUAUGGUGUGUCACAGGAGCAGAGCCGCGGGACAAUCUAUGGGUGCGUGCAACUAACCACUCGUCCCACAAUCGUGACGGCAAGGAGGCAGCCAGCAAUGACAUAAGUGACGGAGGGCAGGAACCCGAGUAGUAGCACGAACAGGACAUUGAAGAGCACCUGAAAACCCCUAAGUGAGCCUGCAGUGAAAUGAGUCGACACACACACCCAGCCGUCUCCUCUUCUGUCUGUCUGUCUGUCGCAACUAAGUCAGCACUUUUUACCCUGGGUCACUUCCUCAGGAAAGUCAAGGUACUUCCCCUCAGACACCACGGCCAGACCGGCUGGCCUCAUUUUCGUA